AUGGUUCUCGGAAUUGUCAUGAUGGCCGCCAUGCUUCCCACAAUGGUUGGUCUCAAUGAAGCCAGUCAACACACACGCGACCACGAGACAAACCGCCAGCAAUCCUCCCGCAAACAGCGCUGUCAUCUGGUGGCCAGCUGCUCCCUCACGCAAGGCACCACAGCCCAGCGGGAGCAGAUCCAAAACGCAAAGGUGUAUGUGGGUCAAGAAGGCCGGCUGUAUCUCACGAAACACCCGACGGAAGACAUGGCGCCCUUCAAUGGGGGCUUUUUCACACACCCCGAGUUUCCGCCGGAGAAUACGGCCGGGUUGGUGACCAUCACGGGGGAGCAACCCCCCACGCUGCGAUGGGUGUUUCUGGACGCGACGACGCAUGAGCUACGCUGGGGAGGACGCGCUGAAAGUGAGGGACAGGUGGUGGGUCCGUUCGAUUGGACCAAGGAUGAGCAGCGAGUGACGCUGGAGGGGUGGGAGGGCUGGUUGGCAGUGCGGCUGCCGGACGAGAGGCAGGCCGAGGGAAUCUGGCGGGUGUUUUUCGAUCGGAACGACAAUGGGGCGGAUCUGCCGGUGGGGGCGCAGGGGCUGGAGAUUGUUCUGAAGCGGGUGGCCGCGGAGAGUUGAUUUUGGAUCCAUCUAGUCAGCUUAUUCGAAUGAAAGGAAAUGAGAUCAUG